GGGGAGAAGGGUUAAGGACAGGGGACAAAACGGAAAAGUUUGCGUUACGGAGAGGAAUUUGGACGUUUGACGAUCUAUGGAUGGGGGAAUCCCGCAUGGGGAAAGUCAAGAGCGGCUGGAGCGUCAGACAUGAAUCCGAGGUGGUGGUCUGAAGUCGAUGCUGGAUGCCAUGGAAGUCCCAAGUCAUGCUAGGCACCUCCUCUUGCAACUGAACACACAACGCACCAAGGGCUUCUUGUGUGAUGUCAUAAUUGUUGUGCAGAAUGCACUGUUCCGUGCUCACAAGAACAUUCUGGCAGCUAGCAGCCUAUACCUUAAGUCUCUUGUUGUUCACGACAACCUCAUCAAUUUGGACCAUGAGAUGGUCAGUCCAGGUGUCUUUCGAGUCAUCCUUGACUAUAUCUACACAGGACGCUUAAGUGAAGGUGACCCCACCUCUCCCACUGAGCCAAAUAUAGGGGCAGUGUUGGCAGCUGCAAGUUAUCUGCAACUGCUGGACCUGGUGGCUCUGUGCAAGAAGAAGCUGAAGAGGAAUGGAAAGUACCACUUACGCCCCAACCCUGGGUUUUUGCCUUACAAGAUUGGCCCUGGUGGGGUGGGGGGAGGACGGUUUCACGUAUCCACUCCAGUCAUUCACUCCUGCCUCUCUGGUGGCGUAGUUGGCACUCCUCAACCGACAUCAUUAGAGGAUAUGCACUCUCUGCCACUGGCCCCCCAUGCAGGAGAGCUUUAUGCCCCAGCUCCCAUACAAGGUCCACCACCUUACCCUCCAACAAAGGCGUCCCUGUCACCACAAUCAGGCCUGCGCUUACCCCCCACUGACAGGAACUGCUCAUCCGUCUUUGGCCUUGACCUGUCCAAGAAAAGCCCCAGUUCCCAGUCGCAGUUCCCUUCCAGUCACCCAUACUUGAUCUCCUCACUCCACCCAGACGAGGAGCCUCAGGGGGAGCUGGACCAAAGAACCAGCCCCCUGCUCAGCCCCAAUGAUGGCUCCAGAAAAAUGGAGACAGCCCACCAUGCAGGGUCCCUUACCCCACACCCUUUCCCUCUCUCUAACCAUACACUCUCACCCCAUUAUCCCAACCUACACCGUUCUCAGGGCCAGGAGCCAUACCUCUGUCCUCCCAGUCCCGAGCCCAUGGAGGACUCCAGAGAACAAGGCAGAAAUGGCUCAAGCAUCUACCGGUGGGUGAAGAAUGAACCAUCCAAUCCAGAAGACGAAUAUGAGGAGGAUGAUGAAGAUGAUAGUGGAGGAACGGGUGAGCAAGAUAAAGAGAGACACCACCAGCACAUGAAUCACCAUAAGAACAGCGAAGAAAAGCUGAAUAUGAGUGAGAGGGGCUACGACAGAGGUACUGUGACCUGUGAUGAUGUUGAGGAUGAGAAUGGGACCGGAAGUGAAGAAACGGGUAGCAGUGAAGGCCGUUCAUCUCCCCCUGGUGCAGGUGGGAGAUAUCACAUGCCGUAUGAACCAGAAAGUUUUGGCGAUAACUUGUAUGUGUGCAUCCCAUGUGACAAAGGCUUCCCAAGCUCAGAGCAGCUCAAUGCCCAUGUGGAGUCUCAUACAGAGGAGGAGCUCAACAAUGGCAGUGAGCUGGAAAACAGCAACAACGGCAGCAAGCCCAACAAUGCCCAUGGACCUACAAGCUUGAACAGCUCUAGCAGUCUUCAGAGCCCCUUCUUAGAUAGCAAAUCAGGGCAAAACCUCCAUCCUAUUGGCCUGGGAGAGAUCAUACGACCAUAUCGCUGUUCUUCCUGUGACAAGUCCUAUAAAGACCCUGCCACGCUGCGGCAGCACGAAAAGACACACUGGCUGACCCGCCCAUACCCAUGUAGCAUCUGUGGCAAGAAGUUCACCCAGCGUGGUACCAUGACACGCCACAUGCGCAGCCAUUUGGGCCUAAAACCAUUUGCUUGUGAUGCCUGUGGAAUGCGCUUUACUCGCCAAUACCGCCUCACGGAGCACAUGCGUAUCCACUCCGGAGAGAAGCCAUAUGAGUGCCAGGUAUGUGGGGGCAAGUUUGCUCAGCAGCGCAACCUCAUCAGCCACAUGAAAAUGCACAGCAGUGUAGCAGCCAGUGGAGCACUCACUCCUGAUGGCAAGCUGAAGAUAGACUUCACUGAGGGCAUUUAUCCCUUGAGUAAGUACACCGUUGAACAUCUGGGUCUGAAGCAGGAGAAAACGUCAGAUCUUCUCAUGGCCUCUCAGCACCUGCUGGCUGAUGCCAAGGUCAUGGAGAGCCUCUACCCACUGUCAAAGCUGGCUGCAGUACAUCUUGGCCUCACACACAAUAAGAUGGACAUCCUAAACCAACCACUUCCACCUACUCCCCAGCAGCUCUCAUCAGAGGCUCGCACCAUUGAGCGCUACUCUCCCAGCUAGAGGGGGGAACCACUAACUAUACUUUCCAAAGAGACAUCACUGUAUACCAUUCACAGUAUUCAACUCGCACCUCAUCUUUAUUUGAACUUGCACCUCAAAGAGUGGAGGCCAGAAAGCUUUGGCUAUAAAAUGCACACAGACUGUAUGACUUCUAAACGUGCCUUUCUUUGCUGAUUUUUGCAGUACAUGCAUUUCUUAAAUUACUUUUCUAAAAGGAGGAAACAGCUUUAUUUAUAAUCUGUUUUGACUAUGGACAAUUAGACAAGGCAGUAUUUAUAUGAAAACAACUUCUUUUUUGUUCAAUCAAUCGAGCCAACUAACCAAUUGAAAACCAAAAAGAGAUUUUUUAUUUAUUUUUUGUUUGUUGCAAAAAGCCAAAGAGAAAAUGUCAAAAUGUUACAGAAGAGUGUUGCAAUCAUACCCUAAACAUGUGUACUAAAUAUUAUUGGUGUAUAUAGAAAGAAAAAAAAGCACAUGUGAACAAUAUUCAGGGCUUCCGUCCAGAAUGGAGAGGGAAAUCUGGACAAAUGAAAAAGCCAAACCUAUGGGAUUUUAUAGUAAUUGGAGGACUUUUUAUAGACUAUUUUUGGAGUACUGGAUCACCUGUAUCUGAUUUUCCAUCUCUGUGAAUGGCCCAGUUUUUUCCAUACUAAAGGGAGCAACUAACAGAAGAGAGUGUUUGUUCCAGGACUUAGGUAAAGUGAAGCUUUUCUCUGCAUUGAUGUAGAUGUGAUCCCCAUCAGCAUGGAGUGAGAGCAAGUUCACAGAGUGAUAUUUAAUUUUUUUCAAGUGUAUUGUCUCUUUAUGUUUACUUUGCUCCAGCUUUUUCUUUUACAUCACAAACCAAGUGCCUUUAGUUUGUUUUUGGAAAUGUAGCAAGUACUGCCCUGUGAUCUCACAACUGGAACGUCUUUGCGCAUAUUCCGAUUAUGAUAUAACAAUCUGUCCACGUAUUUCAGUCCAUCUGGUGUGACAGACUAAGCAUGGGCGGCACUUUUGAAAAUUGAGUAAUAUUUACAGCAGAACAAUCCUGCGUUAAAUAUGUUGAGUUUGACCCCUUUCAGAAAGCAAGCCAGUCUACAAUAUUCUUUUAAACUAGAUGUUUCUUUUGCUACAAAUCGAGUGUAUCUGACCGAACAGUGACAUUUUGUGAAUUUAGACACACAUUUAAGAGCCUCCCUUUUGUGAAUUAUCAGAGAGCACCUCGUCGCACAUAUUAUGGUACAGUUAAUUUAAGGAUAAUGUAACUGCCUUAACCCAGUUGUGCCAAAUGCACACACAUAUGUAGAGCUGCUAAUGUGACUACCAUCUGAACAUAAGGAGCAAGACUUUCUAUCUCUCUCUGAUACUGUAAGCACAGAUAGAAGCAGCUGGUCCACUCAGGGUAAGCCCUGUGAAAUCUCUGAUUUUCGAAGCCCAUUCACGCUUGUCUGUCCUACUGAUCUUGGAUUUUCUGCCAGUUGACCAGGCCCUGUGAUCUACAUGCUUCCUGGAUAUACACCCAAUCUCCCAGCUACUGCAAUAACAGACCAUAAGCUACAUUAAUCUUCAAAACUGUACAGCAAUGAAUCAAUCAAUCCUUUCCUAACCUGUUAGGGUCACAGCCACUGCUUGCUUCCUUUUUGUAGUGUUAACAUUUAGCUGGUUUGCCUCUUGAUGAAUAAUAAUGUUUUACCAUGUAUGUUAAUGCAUCUUCUAAAGGGAUACGGCAACCCACCAUUUUUUUAAGUAUUCCAAAAAGAUCUUUCCCUCUGACCUUAAGUGAAACAAAUAUUUGUUGACCACUAGUUACAAUUACAACCUCAGUGGGUGAAUGUGAAGAAACAACGAAUGCACUGUGAAAGAACUAAUGAAUCUUCAAGCUUUAGAGCUUAGUGAAUCUUGAGGGUAUUUGAGACACAUUGCCUGCUUUACUCUUUAGCAUGUUGGCUAAUCAUGGUUGUUUUCUUUUUUUGGUCUUACUGAAAGCAAAGAGAAAUUGGUGCUUACCUCAGGACUGAAACAAAGCUUUGGCAAUAGUUUGACACAUAAGGCACACAAACGCACAUAAACACUCAUGCUCUCUGUCUCUUACAUAUAUACUGUAUAUACAUCAACACUCAAGUACACUUUAUCUGAAGGGAUCUUAUUGUCUUUAAACCUGUGGUUAUUUCAUGUUAAAUAUAUGUAAUUUGUUCUGAAAUUAUUUUUUAAAAUUACUUUUUUUUUCUUCUUCUGAGUAGCCUAUGCAACUCUCUUCUAUUUGUACAUUUACAUAUUAUAUUGUUCUAUUAAAUGGUAAAUUACUUUAUUACCAUAAAAGGCAACAUUUUAAAUUAAAAAUAAUUUCAUCAUAAGAAUCAGUAUUUCCGCAGUAUGUUUCUCUGUACACUUGAAGGUACUUAAAAUGCAUAACAUGGUUUGAAACUCUAAGAGGAAUGGCAGACGGUAACUUAGUUUUCUGUUAAUGUUAUGCUGUAUAAGAAAUGUGUGUUUAUCAAUAAUUUGCCUGCAAUCAUAAACACUUGGCUGAGUUGGUAAUGAGGGAAGCAUAGUUUCUGAAGUUGAUUGACCCAUUUGUUCUGGGCGGGCCUGCAGUAAAUUUCGCUGACCUCUUUGCAGAGAGGAGGAUUAGACUCCCAGUGAGGUUUUGUAUACAUGUACUCUUAAACCGCACACAUGAAACCAGCUUGUUUGGGGCGAGACAGAUGCUGAAGUUUCCCAACACUCUUAAGUUGACAACAGAGAUCCAAAAAUUCCUCUCAACGUAAUUUUGCGAAACACAUGAAAAUAGUCUAGGCACAGCAGUUUGUUUGUAUCCAAACUAAACCCAGAGUGUAAACGGGAUACAAAUCUUCUGACUUGAGGCAAAAAACAAUAUUACAGCUUUCAUAACAGUUGAUACUUUGACCGCAGACAUAUUAAUACAUGCUAAGGAGAUGUGACAGACCGUUUGAAGUGGAUUUCAGUGGUGGGAAAAUAAAUCUCACACUCCCCCUUUCCACCAUUCAUUAACUCGUCUCUCAUCGAAAAUUCCUCUUUCUCUAUUUCCUGCUGUCCGAGAGAAAAAAACAAGAGACAAAAAGAAACUGGUUUCAAAAGCACAGAGAAAAGAUAUCACCUCUGUGCUACUUCGUUUAGUACUGCUCUGACAGGGCUGGGAAUGUAAAGGUGUGCACAUGUGCCUAAUGAGUCAGGAUGAGGGGGCAGGUGGGUUGUGGGUGGAUGUUAAGUAGAAUUUUUGCGCAUACAAUCUAUUUGAAUGUGAAAAGUGCAUGGGCGUUGGCAAAGGAGUAAAGUUAAGCUGAGGAAGUGAACCUUUGACUAGUAGCAGCGAGCUGGAUGGUUGGUGUGGUUCUGCUCUGAAGCGGAAAGGCAGAUGAUGAUAGAGAGGCAGACAGACACAGAGAAAGAGGGUGAAACGAGAGGGUGAAGGAGAACAGAGCAAGUUUGGUGGAUGGACUUCAACCAUUGUCUAUCUAUGGAAGAGUAGAUUAUAAACCUCCAUCCUAUUUAGAUUUAGAGUGCUGGGUCUGUUCUCCUCAAAGCUACUUAGUGAUCUUUCCCUCCUUUCUUUAAAGUUGGAUAUUGGCAGUAUUUGACAGCUCUGAGUCAUUAACCCUCUGGUCACCGUGCUUGACCUCAUCAUGUGCCAAGCGAAGAGAAACAAAACGUGAGAUAUGGUGUAAAAAAUUGUGGAACAAUUGUCUCUCUGAAGGGAAAUAUUCCUCUCAGCCUCAAGAAGCCCACAUAUUCAGAGUUAAAACCAAAGCUUAACCAAAGCUGAUUGUAAAGUUUAUAAGAAACAAAUAUACUAGAGAGAGAGAGCAUUAUCUAAGGGGCUGUUCAGGCCAAAUGUAUCCUUGCGCUAAAAAAAGGUAGAUGCAAUGCAACGAAUUGAACAGAACGCAGGUGUCUCGUGACAUGGAUUAAGAGUUGAAGUUCUUUUAACCUGACACUAUGUCUAAAAUAUGCAGUGUUCCUGCAUGAGACACUGAAAAAUAAAGACAAUAAAGACAAAAUUUACAUCUCUCGACUGAAACAUUUCGUCCCCUCAUUCAAAUCCUCGGUUCAUGCAUGCUCAUCAGCUGCUCCCUGAUCAGCAGUUCUAAAAAGUUCCUAAAGAGGCGAUUCUCAGUUCAGUGUACUGGUGACUCGAGAACUGCUGUUAUCGACUCAGUGUACUGUUGACUGGAGAACUACUGUCCUCGGAUCAGUGUACUUUUGACUCGAGAACUGCUGUGAUCGACUCAAUGUACUGUUGACUGGAGAACUACUGUCUUCCGAUCAGUGUACUUUUGACUCGAGAACUGCUGUGAUCGACUCAAUGUACUGCUGACUGGAGAACUACUGUCUUCCGAUCAGUGUACUUUUGACUCGAGAACUGCUGUGAUUGACUCAAUGUACUGCUGACUGGAGAACUACUGUCCUCGGAUCAGUGUACUUUUGACUCGAGAACUGCUGUGAUCGACUCAAUGUUCUGUUGACUUAAGAGCUGCUAUACUCGGAUCAGUGUACUGUUGACUGGAGAACAACUGUCCUCGGAUAAGUGUACCUUUGAUUCGAGAACUACUGUGAUUUACUCAAUGAACUUUUGACUGGAGAACUGCUGUCCUCGGAUAAGUGUACUCUUGACUCGAGAACUGCUGCAAUCUACUCAAUGUACUGUUGCCUUAAGAGCUGCUGUACUCGGAUCAGUGUACUGUUGACUCGAGAACUGCUGUGAUCGACUCAAUGUACUGUUGACUCAAGAGCUGCUGUACUCGGACCAGUGUACUGUUGACUCGAGAACUGCUGUGAUCGACUCAAUGUACUGUUGACUCAAGAGCUGCUGUACUCGGAUCAGUGUACUGUUGACUCGAGAACUGCUGUGAUCGACUCAAUGUACUGUUGACUCAAGAGCUGCUGUACUCGGACCAGUGUACUGUUGACUCGAGAACUGCUGCAAACGACUUAAUGUACUGUUGACUUAAGAGCUGUAGACUGGAUCAUCUCCAUACGUUGAUAAAACGGUAAUACAAUCAAGUCAUAAACAUGUUUCCAGUAUGUUUUAUUUGUUACACUCUGUUUCUCAGCAAAAUACACCUGAAAUAUAAAUUUUGCCCCUUAAUCACACAUGCUCAGUGUCAGCAAUUCAUCGGUUCUUAGGAUGUACUGGCGAAAGAGGUGAUUCUCAGUUCAGUGUACUGUUGACUCGAGAACUGUUACAACCCGAGCAUUCAGUUUGAUUUGUGAGCUAGUUGGAGCGGUUAAUUGCGAAGAAGAUUUGACAAAAGCAGAUAUAUCACCAGUUCUAGGAUCAUAUUACUCCUGGUUUUCAGCUCAUUUCGGAGUGUCAGGCACAUCCAAGAGACAGGUUAAGAUAGAGUAAAUUGUGGAUCGGUGUUGACUCGAGACGCAAACUGUUUCAAAUGAUUCAGUCCGAUUUGGUGAACUAGUUCAACUCAUUCACUAAAAAGAACCAGUUCAAAAGAACGAUUCAUUCACAUACCGUGAUGAGCUCAGCGGAAAACUAAAUCCAAGAUGGUGGACAAAGAAAGAGACAUUUAGAUUAUAAAUAUACUUAUAAUCAGGUUUGGGAGGGUUACUUUUGAAAUAUAUUCCACUACAGAUUACAGGAUACAUGCUGUAAAAUGUCAUUUUUAAUGUAUUCCAUUAGAUUACUCAAGAUUAGUAACAUACUCUAAAUACUUUGGAUCACUUCUUCAGUACUGGUAGAUUUUUUUACUUGUUUUGACUAUAAAAACUCUGUAAGUAAACACGUUAAAAAUACAUUCUCGGUAAAACCUAAAUAUCUUAUUCAGUGUUGUUUCUAAAACAAUAAAAAUCAAAUUGAUCUUGAUUUAAUGAUUUUCUGAUAUUUUUACAGGAAAACAAUACAAAAAUGAUUAUCAUGAAUACGUUUUACCCUAAUAUCAAAGGUCUUACUAGAAAAAAGAAAUUAUGAUCCAACUUAAAUUUUCUUGAUAAAAAAUUAUGAUCGUGCCUGGUAACAUGUGCAUGUAAAACAAAAAAAGCAGCUCUUAAGUUUUUUUUUUAGCUUAGCGUAAAGAUGACAAUUUACACAAGGUUUAUUUCUAUUUCUUGUGCCCACAAACUUACAAACGUACUUCUCUGUCUGCUCGUAUGAAUGUCACACAUCAUAAGAAAGUGUUUCACUGCUGUUCAAAUGCACUUUGGAUCACAUCAUUUAUAUGUAUAAAUGUUUUCCAUUUGAAAGGACUAAAUAUUAAAUGAAACAAAUGACAAUAAAAUGCAAAGUAAUCUCUUCAGUAAUCAAAAUACUGUUUUAAUGUAACUGUAUUCUAAAUAAAAAUGAUUUAAAUUGUAACUGUAGUGGAAUACAUUUACUUAUAUUUUGUAUUUUAAAUACAUAUUCCUGUUACAUGUAAUUUGUAACUCCCCAACCCUGCUUAUAAUACAUUCAAUACUGAAAAGUAUCGAUAAAUAACAGUUUAAUAUGACACAAAACUGACUAUUUUACCCAAAAUGUGUGUGUGUGCGUUGUGCAUAUUUAGGCUCAUUAGAGGAUUGCGUCGUUUCUCUUGUGCCAACUGUAUUGAAAUUAGUUGCAAGAUGAGUGUCCCGUGCGCUGUGCAUGAGGAGCGCUAUUUGAAAGAUGCAUGGAGUUGCCAUCUAUGUAGAACGUUCCAAAUCGCUCUCGUGUGAGGCGUAAUUUCAGCAAGGAUGCUGCCAUAGAGUAGAAGACAUCUGCCUAUGUAGACAGUAGACAUUGAGGCAGCUCACUAAGAUUUGUAUUAGAUCGAAAGUGUAAAUUUAUGCAUAUCCUCUGAAUCUGUAGAGAUGAUCUUGACAGCCUACUGAUUCUUAGAAAUGCUAUCGAUAAACUGGGCUUCACUUCCUUCAUACAGCUGGUGCAAUCUGUAAACUGUUUGAGCAUGCUGUGCAUUUUUUCUUUCAUCUAGGUAUAAAUUGUUGAUCUUGACUUAUUUUAAACAGGCUACACUGAGUCAUGUGGGGGCAUUUGAAAUUUUUCCUGAUUGUAGGAUGUCUUGAUGAAAUCGGUGUGGCACCUGUCCAUGCAUCUGUCUCUUACUGUCCCAGUAAGAGGAGGGGGCAUUGACAAAUUUGACAUUAAUCUUUGUCAUAGCAUUCUUGCGGUUUCAUAUUUGAAUCAUAAUUUCGAGUCACUUCACGAGAACUUGCAUUUCUCAGCAGUCUUCUCGUUCAGGCCACUCCUUCUUUUUCCCACGUAUUCUCCUCCCUUCAUUCACUACACCAUCUUUCCCAAGACCAUCUUUGCCCAGCACAUUUCAAAAAUCUUUCCCCUAUAGUUGCUCUCUCUGAGAGAACCACCUUGAACAUCUUCCACAGUCUGACCCACAACACUGAGCACUUGCCCACACCUCUGAUGAAGAAGCCUCCAGCUGUUUUUCAUGCCGAAGAAGGCAGUUGUCUAAAUGUUUAUGUGAAUAACUACUUUCUUUUUCUUCACACCCUGACUGUGUUCCCGAGUGAACUUAAAGGCAUGUGUUAAUAUUCUCCACGGAGCAAGAUUGACUAAAUAAACAGAGGACAAGGCUAUUGUAUGUGACUUCAUAACUACAAAAAUGUACCAAAGGCACAGAUAAAAGAGGAACCUCAUAUAUAAAAGGAAAUGCUGUACUUGCCAGUAAUGCCAACAUGUUUAGCAUUGCAUAAUUGUUGCUUGUUUCUGCAGAUGUGCUAGCCUGCCCCUGAUUAUGUUUCAUCAUUACUAAUGAAAAUGACCAGAUUAAUGUUCAUGAAAUGUUGCUUUCUGUUCUUUUUCUUCCCUGUUGAUCAGCAAAUGUUGUGUGUUCGAUACUGGUCCCAAACAUGAUAUGGUGAUGUGCUGGUGUUCCUACAGACCGAUCACACUGUGAAUUCAGUAAAAGUAGGUUGGAUGUUGUGAUGCUAUGCUUAUAGCAUCACAACAUUAAAUCUAGCUGGAAGCAUUGUUAAACACACAGUAUGAGCAUGUGUGAGCUCCAGUUUCCAAUUUAAAUAUCCACAGAGUGGCACCAAAAGCAGUUUGUAUUUUUAGUUUGUAAAUGAUGUAAUACAGUCAACAGGAAUGUGUGUUUUAUCAAUUCUACCCCCUAACUCCAAACCCAACCCUAAACCUAACUGUCAGUGGAGUAUUUUUCAGCCAAAAAAUACAACCUCUGAAUCACAUUCACCAUUGUUUAUGUGAACAGGAUUACUUCUUUGUUCCUUCAGGACCAGAUCCCAUGUUUCAGAGGUUGCGCUACAAGGAAAUGUGUUCACGCUUGAACUAAUGCAAAAAUGUCUGAUUCGGUAUGCCGCUUGUCAGUAAAUUGGCAGAAUGGGGUAAAUUUCAGGGUACAUGAACUUUUCAAACCAACAUGCCAAUUGUGACCAUUUUGGCACCAACCAGGCUUCUAAACAAGCUUAACCAGGAAGCCUCCUUUGGUCAACCAGAUCCAUCAGAAACAUCAUGCUGGUUGACAAUUUUUUACAUGGCUAUGCUGAUCCACCAGCUAGACCAGCACCAAACCAGUAUAAACCAACUUGGUCUGAGGUGGUCUUUUCCAUAGGCAAUUGUCAGCCUGUGGGACGGAUUUUACAAAACAACUUCUUCUUGUAAUGUUGACCUUAUGAUGGGUCACUAAACACAGCAUGUAGAGAACCAUUUUUCAAGAGUGUCAAGUUACAUUUAAGUUGUUUAUUUUUUUUAAGUGGCCUCAGCAUAAUAGUGAUGCAGGAUCAUAUUUCGAUUUUGAUACUUAUGCUCUGAGCAUCAGAUAGAUUUACCAGGCCCUAAAAUUAUAACCUUAUCUCACUGUGACAGGAACAGGCUGUCUUUGUGCUGGCAGCGAGGUCCUGUAGCUACCAAUAUCUUCUUCAGCAUGUUUUGUUUGGUGUGCAAGCUAUGCUGUACCCCAUCCAGAGCUGAAACUCAGUCACAGCAGAGUCCAGAUGAGCCGAUUAGACAAAAUCAGCAGGCUGCAAGUGAAUUUCCAGGCUACAGUGCAGUACGUACCAUUCUGAGCUCUGUUUUUAUUUUUGCUGCUCAUCCUUGAAUAGACAUGCUUAAAAAUUCUGUACAGCGUAACCAAACAUAUAAACAACAGGAAAAGUUGGAUCAAUUUGCAAAACAAAGUGCCUGAUAUUAUUGUGCCUCUGGUAGUCAUGCAUGACCACACACACACACACUUGCAGCUGGAUGGCAAACAGCCCUGGCAUUUCUCCCUGUUCCAGAUUAGGUCAGAUUUAAUUAGGCUGCCCUGCUUCUUUUGGAGUGUCGCUUUGAGUUUAAAAAGCCAUUACUAAAGGACAGGCAGUGUUAAUGACGGGGCGAAGCAAAAAAAGAGACCAAUCAGAACAUCUCGAGAUGGUUGCAAGGUCUAAACACACACAUGUAUACACAUGGUAUGCAUGUUGCUCUUAUUUAAAAUAUAUGUAGCGGAAUGAAGAAUAAAAGUGGGGUGAGGUCGUGGCUCUGUGUACAGAAAGAAAAAAAGGGCCAGUACAUAAACCAGACACUAACCAAAGAGCUAAAGUAAUGGCAGGCAUUUAGAAGUAACCCCCCCCCCCCCAACACCACCCCACCACCCCCACAGUGUGAACAGAGAAAAAGAAGAAAAGGCACAAAGUCACCCAACAACCCAGCUCACUGUGAAUGUUCCCAUUACUCUCAGGCCAAGUAAUACACCAGCAUGUCUGUUUUGAUUUUACUGAUCACCAUUUCUUAUUUUUCUGAACUUCUUUCAAAUAUAACACAAUUUAUUAUGCCACUUUCAAGUGCUUUCUUGAUUUACAUGACCAAAAAAGGCAAUACAAAUACAUUUGAGUAGUAUUUUUAAUUGUGUUGUCAAUAGUUUUAUUUCUUUCCUAACAAAAUGCUUUUACUGAAAUGAAUGUAUUUAUUGCAUGUGAAAUGUUUUAUAAGAGUUUUGUAUAAAUUUUAAUUGUGGGGUAAUAAAAUUGUGUUCUUUAAUUCCAGUAUCUUAAUGAAUGA